CCGGUGCUCCGCUGUUUUCCAGAAAUACCAGCAGCCCGCUGUCUGGACAGGCAUUGGGAAUAGUCAAACUGAAUAGGCGAAUCGGGAGGGUAGUAACACAGCGUCUAUAAGAAGCACGAAGUACUAAAUAUAUCCUCCAAAGGACUUUGUCACGAAUUUCCUCCCAUCUCAAAGAUCGCCUCCGUCUCUCCCUUCCCUCUGAGGAUGUUUAGCUUGUUGUCACCAUAGUGCAGAGGACAUCACAUCAACAUCAACAGACGGUGAACAAUUAUGUCGCGCUUACUCAACAUCCCCACCUCAAAGCCUAACUGUGGCCUUGUCUGGGUCGCCUUUGUUCUGCUUGGCAUCUCGGCUCUAAACGCUCAAGCUAAAAUUGUCCUAACUGUUCCCCAGCAAGUGAGCCUUUCAGCCAACUUUUUCACUCAACAACUAACUAUUUUCUGGUUUGGAGGAGAGGCCACAACCUUUGACGUUAUCAUUUUGAGAACCGAAUUCAACGAAACUGUCUUUUAUAACACAGUCCCAGCAGUAGUGAACCAGGAUGGUGGUCGGCACCAAUGGACCUGGACUUCUGUUGAACCUCUGGAGUGCACAUCCUUAUCAGUCAAAAUCUGCUCAAGAGAUGGAAUGACAAAGAGUGAAUGGAGUGAACCUCAGAUCCUGAAAGGAAGGGAUCUCCCGAGCAACAGUGAUCAUCAGGUGUAUCCUCAAGACAAAGUCGUGCCUGUAGGGGGCAACACAACUUUCUGUUGUAUUGUGGAGGAGGGAAAGGAGUUUAGAGACCUUCUCUACGGCUCGAUAGAAAUGAACGUGAAACGUUUGAGUCGACGAAGUUAUGCCGCCACCGCUGUUUACCAGAACUUAUCUGGAACAACUGGAACGAAUGUUUUGUGUCGUUUAAGGGACAAACUGGCAGGAUCAGUCAUCUUUGUUGGAUAUCCACCUCAACCCACCAACUUUGAGUGCCUAACUUAUGACUUGACCUCAGCUGUGUGUUACUGGGAUACAGGACGAGCCACCAACCUGUAUGGCAAGAGAAAAACCAGCUACUCCAUAAAUAAGAGGGUCUGUCCUGACAGGACGUGUGUGCUGCCUCAGUGGGACGGUAACUGGACUCUGGUGGCUGUUAAUCCCCUUGGCCAGUACAGUCUGACUUACUCAGCUGAACUUCUUCACAGAGUGGUGCCAGUAGCACCAGAUAAGCUGGCUGACGCUGCCCAGGCCUGGAAUGCCACUGUGCAUUGGCAGUGGCCAUACAGUAGCUAUUCCACCCUGGCUCUUGUCUGCCAGGUACAACUAGCCAGCCGCAAUAUAUUGCUUAGAAAUUUCUCAGGUGUGGGUGUCCGUUCUGUUUUCCUGCCUCACCUCCACCCUAACACCAAAUACAGUGUUCGAGUUCGCUGUGGAUCCCUGAAUCACUUUUUAAAGUGGGGCAACUGGAGCAAAGAAUUUAACUUCACAACCAAAUCAUAUGCUCCUGAAGCCCCCGAUGUGUGGAUGUGGGUGAACAGAGACAACUCUGUGCGGGUUAUGUGGAAGCCUCUGACACAAUGGCAGAGCCACGGUGUGCUCACAGGAUACGAAGUUACUCUCUGGAACCUUGAAGGAAAUGAAAAGCAAACCAAUAACUUAUCUCCCAAAAAUAAUUCGUUGAACCUCACGCAUUGGGCUUCAAUCACUGGUGAUAAGAAAGCCAUUGCAUCAGUGAAGGCAAAGAAUGUGAAGGGGACGUCUAAACCUUCCAGCAUAAUGUUAGGUUCAAUAGAUGACAAGUCUGCUCCUUUGGCUCAGACGAUUUAUACCAGCAGUGGUUUCCCUUUGAGCUGGCAGCACAGUGACAACAGAUCGUGCAGUUAUUUGGUUGAGUGGUGUGAGGCUGUGUGCACAUCAGACUGCGCUGUGGACUGGAUCAGACUGGACACUGGAAGCUCUCAUGUCUCCAUUAAAGAUUCUAUCGUUAAAUUCCAGCCAGGUGUGAGGUACAACUUUUCCCUCUAUGAGUGCCCAUCAGUUUCCCCGGUGCUAAUACAGCGCUGGCAAGGAUAUAUUCAGGAGCUGCCCCCGUCUAUUUCUGUCAAUCUGGAGAUCAAUCAGCAGGACUGUGACGUUGUUCUUAGCUGGGAGGAGAUUCCACUGGCUGGCAGAAGAGGCUUCCUCCUAGGCUACAAAGUGUACAAAGUCAAUAACUUCUCCAAUUUCACACUGCUUGACGAUCUGAGCCCUGAAGUGAGGACGUACACUGUGAAGGAUCUCUAUACCAGCACCUAUAAAUUCACUGUGAAGGCUUACACAUCUGCAGGCGAGGAUACAGGAGGCACUGCUGCCAUCACGCUGAAGCAAUGUGCGGAUGGACUGAUUCUGGAGAUUUUGACUGCUUUGGGAAUUGUGACUCUACUACUGACCACCGUUAGUUGCUUUUGCUACAAGAAAAGAAGAUGGGUGAAAAAGGCUUUCUACCCAGACAUCCCUGAGCCCAAGCUGCCUGGUGAUUGGUCGAGGACGCAGGGACCUUUGGACGUGAAGCCGUUUCCCCACAGUAUGGUGCACAUCAUAGAAAAACCCGAGCGGGAUUUUAGUAAGGACACUCUCGUUAUCAUUCCUGAGGAAGAGGAUUACGAGGGAGAGGGAAUUGGAGAUGAGCCGGUAGACACAGAUGAGCCUCAGCUGUUGCGUUACUACAACCAGGUGGUGGAUGAGCGCCCCAUCAGACCGCGGUUUCCAGACUCCUCAGUUUCAUCCUCGUCUUCUGUAGAUUCAGCCAACACUGAUGUGACGUACACAGGUAUCCAGACAUCCCACUCGUCUUUGGUCUUCCCUUCAGACUCUCAGGGAUUCUCUGAGGGCUUCCAACCACACAGUGGCCUCUCUUUAAGCAGCGGGAAUACAGGAGAGGGUUACCACCCACAGAUGCACUCUGUAGCCCUGGGGGGAAACCUGGCUUCUCCUGGGCCCAUUGUGGAGCCUCACGCUGUUGGUUCUGGAGGCUACAAGCCCCAGAACUCCUGGCUUUUAGACUCUCCCACCGAGGGAGAUGAAAAUAGCCCAGCCCCCUCGCUGGGUUCACCCACUUCUGUAGCUUCUACUCAGUUCCUCCUUCCUGAUAGAGAAAGACACGAAGAAAAGAGACAACAACCACCAUCAGCAGCAAACUGGUUCACCAACCUGCUGUCAUCGGCAAAACCGUGACAUCAUCUCAGUUUGGCUGUUAGUUGGGGGAACCGCUCGUCUUUUCUGUCACCAUUGUCUCAUAUCUACAUGCAAGGAAGAAUCCUCUCUCACUGCAGCACUUCGUUAUCAAAACUUGCAUCUUGACUGAGUUAAUGCCGUUCAAGGUGUCUUUACUAAAAAAAUUCAACAAAUAUACAAGUUUUUUUUCCUCUUUUUUUUUUUUGGUGGGAUAUGCAUUAAAAUGUACGUGAGAAAAUGUAUUUUGUCAACAGAUAUCUACAGAUUUGCAGUCAUGUCUCUACUCAUGCGGUGGUUAAUGCCCCCCUGGAAAGCCUGAAAGUUGUUAAAUUAUUUUAAAAGCUUACUUGUACGAGAUGCUGUGAUGGCCAAUCAUCUUGCAUUUGCAGGUUAGUUUUUGUUGUUAUGCAAAAUCCGGAGUCCUCUAAAAAAAAAAAAAAACUGGGAACAAAAAUGAGUUUCUCUGAGAGCACUAGAAAAAAUAGAAGUAUUAAACACUAGAAACGUGGGGUUAAUGCAGUGUGUAGAGUACAAUUUGCAUAUAUAAAUUCUAAGUUGGCAAAAAGCGUGUAUACACAGUUUCUACGAUGUGUACAUUUAAAGUCUGGUGUUUAUUCUGAACACAAUGCAACAGACUUAAUUUCGCUUGACAUUUAAUGCAUUUCUAAAAAUUUAACUAAUUAAAAUAUUAAAUGUACUUGUAGAGCGCUUUAUCAACUCCAGAGGAACCCAAAGCGCCUAACGCUACAUUCACACACUGAUGGUGGCAAGCUACUACCCUGUAGCCACUGCUGCCCUGUGGCAGUCUGACAGAAGCAAAGCUGUCGUCUUUUCUGCUGUCAACUGAUGAGUUACUGAAAGACAAUGUCAAGUCGCUUUAACAAGAAAAAAAAAAUAGUACUAAAGUAGCUUCCAUUUUUUUAUAGAUUUUAAAUUUUUUUUAAAAUUACUGUUCUGAAAGAUGCACUCAUAAAGAAGUGGUGCUUUCUAAUGAGGUCUGGACAUGUGUGGGGGGUUGAACCUUUCAGAAAUACACUACAAUAAGCUAGAAUAUUAUAAAUUUAUGUCAUUUAUUGCGUAAACUGUUACUAUUGAGAAUUUUGUUUUGUCUUCCAUAUUCAGUGAAGUUUAUUUUGUUGAACGCAUUUAACUUCAGGCCAGUGUCUUCUUUUAAAGCUAUGCUGAGCAUUAUUGAGAUUAUUAUGGGUAUUAAAUGAUUCUUUCUGUGUACAGUGCAUAAAUUGUCUUCAAAGUUGUUAUGCUUCCAAGAAUUUGCACCAUUUCACCUUUCACUGCCUUACCCAGAAGUAUUUAAAAUGUUCUGCAGGUAUACAAUUUACAACUGAUCCGAAAUGCACUGUAUGGAGUCAUAAAUCCUACUGGAGAGUUGAUGUAGAAAGUUUUUAAUCUUUUUAUUUUAAUAUUUUUUUAUGUGAACUACACUACAUUUUACAUUGUCUUUUAAAUGCAUACAGCCACUUUCUAUUUUUUUUUUUAUGGUCGGGGAAACUACAAUGUAGAUAGUGAGGGCCUAAAUUGUUGUUUGACUCUUUUGUUUAUCAAAACUUAAACAGUUGGAAAAAUUUGUUUGGACAUGACCUCAAAUAUAGAUUUUUCCAGUCAUGUCUUUUCAGUUUUGUUCUGACUUGUAGCUCCACAGCUACAAGUCAGAACAAAACCUGUUCUGACUUGUUCUGAGUAAUUGUGUAAUUUGUAUUUUCAGAAACUGAAAGUAAAAACGUAUGAAUGGGAAACCAGUGAACACAAGGCAACUGAAAGUGAUAGUAGUUUGGAUUCUAACUCAGACGUGUAUAUCAUUUCAGGUGACCAUUCAAAACAAUAGUGGCACUAAAUUUGCAGGUUCACACUUGAGUUCAUGAAUUUGAAUAUUAAUAUGAUGACUUGAUAUAAUGCCAGAAAUGUCAUGAGAAAUGUUGUCUUGAGUGCAGUAGCUUGGAAACUUAACAAACCAGCUACAUCUCUGCUAUGAGCCCAGUCUGUUGUAAUUUGCGGCAGUGAUGGCUUUUGACAAAUCUUUCAAUCUAUGCGAUUUCUGACCACCAUUGUUAGUCUGAUGCCCAAAACCGUCAUCACUCCUAUUUAUCCAAAUAACUGCGUCACCAGAAUGCUUAGCAAUCCAAGAAGUAGUUAUACAAAUCAAAAUUUUUUUCUACACAUUUUAAAUGUUGGGGUGUAACUCCACUGCAAUUAAAUUACGGUCAAAACAUUAUUAUCUGGACACCAUGUGUCACUUCACCCACUCUGUCAUUGUGGCUGUAAUUAGUUGCCCCACAGAUUGUUUGGCAGCAAACGUCACUUCAAGUAGGAAGUGGAAAAGAUAAAAUACUCAUACAGCAGCUGUAACUACAUCAUCUAUCCUUCAUUUGGCUCAGACACAAGGCAAAAUGCUUAGUUUAGUUUUUCUGGUUAGACGUAUAGAGAAAACAUUUGGAAAACGUGUUGUUUUAGUUUGAUCUGCAGCUAUUAGCAGGUGUUUGUAUUGAUGCAGAAAAAAAAAAAAAAAACCUAAAAUCUCAGCAAAAGCAAUUCUUUUCCUAGCAAACAAUCUGUCCCUCACAAACUACACCUGCAUUUAUCUUGAUAGGCUUGCUGUAAACUUCCCUCACGUAUCCACAACAAGAACAGUUGGAUCUUUCCCCUCAGGUUUGUGUAGACAUUUUACUUAAAUUUAAAAUGUUUAAUUGUUAAAUAAUCCUGGGCCAAAAAUUGUUUGCCACUAAGAGACAAUACUUUUCUGUUCACUAAUAUGGUCUGGAUAUUUCAGAUAGCUGUCCUUUUUAUUAAUGUUAUUUGCAAGGCAGAUCUUUUCUGUUUACACGACAGGCUUCCAGAUGGCAUCAAUGAAAACCUUGUCGUCAUACAUAUGGAAGUGCCUCCAUGUUUUCAGGUUGUUUUUUUUAAAGACUUUCAGUUUCAGGUAGUGCAUUUUAAAAGUGUGUAUCUGCUUAGAAAAAUUGGAAGGCUUGUCAAGAUUUCAAUUCAAGGCUUUUGGGAUUCAAAAUUAUAUUUGCCCUUUAAAGAGUCUGCCUUUAGUAAAAAUGCACCAUUGGUGAGGCUUUGCUAAAGUAUCUGUAGAGAAUGUUUAUCCUUUGGGUAAUACUUCUCAAAAUCUCUGGAUUUCCCUAUUGUAUCUUUUUUUCUUUUCCAAGUCGGAAUGGAUUCUCUUCGGCUGACAGUUGUAAAUUACUUUAGUGCCUCCAGCCAACAAGCUUUAAUGAAAAUGACUGUGACAUGGAAACGCUACUAAAGGAUGUUUUUACAGUUGAGAUACUGGUAAGGGGCAAUCAGCCCAGUUUUUUUGACACUUGCAAACUUUUUCUUUAGCUUGUAAAACUGAUUAAAAAGAUUGCAUAUGAGUGUGCAUAAAUGGCGGAUUACCUUUAAAGUGUCAUUGUUGAUUGUUACAGAAUUUAAUUUAAACGGCACCUUUUUUAAGAAAAAAUGUUUAUAUGGAAAUAACUGUUUUUUUUCCUUGUCCUGACAAAAUGUUAUACUUUAUCAGAUAUAUUUGAGUUUAAUUAAAAUCUUUUUUUAUGUAAUAAAAUGUGAAGUUUUUCUAAAAUAUAUAUAUAUUGUAGUAAACCAACUUAAUACUGUGUAGCUGAACUUUCUCUUUAUCAUAUCACAAACUAAUUUUUAAUCAGUGUAGAUGUGACCAGAAAAGUCAUCAUUGAUGUGUGCAUAUUACUUUUCUUUCAAGCAUCAUUUUUUGUUUGCUAGAAAUUGCCAUCUCUGGGCAAAAGAUAUACAGGGUCCAUUUGCUGUCUAACAUCUCAAUAUUAGCUCAAUAGUUUUGUGAACUUGAUGCAUGCUUCAUAAACUGUAAAUACCAAACAGUGGCUUUGUGAACCUUUAAAAUUGUUACAUUUUUGUCAUCUUUGAUCUGAAACACUGACUAACACAUUGCAUGAUAACGUGACUUAAAUGUAAUAUGUUGAACUAAUUCCCCCCUCCUCCCCCUGGAUUUCAGUAAAAUGUAGAGAGUAUAUUGCAGAAUAUUUUAUUAAGGACCUGUAUAGUGUAGGAAUUGCUUCUGAGUGAAUGUGUAAAUGUAAGAAUCAAUACCACAGAUUGCUAUCAUUCUUGUUUAAAUGCAAUAAAUUGCUUUUUGUCUGAACACUU